UGAAUUUGGCGCCGCAAUGAUUAUGAGUCGUAAAAAAAUAGUUUAUUAAUUAAUUCAAAAAGAAAUUGUUUCUAUGUUAAUUUAUUUUAAUUUUUAAUAAUAUUUUGUGAUUUAUGAAGCAUUAAGUGAAGUUUGUAGUGAAACACAUUAUAAAAUAUUGAAGAUCGCAGAGGCAGAAAGAUAGGUUAUCUUUUUGAUUAUACUGGUAUAUAGUUGGUCAGUGAAUAUCUGUGACACGAACACACUUCUCCGUUCACUUUCAUCCCCUCUCUCUCUCUCACACACACACACACUCUCAUUACAUUCUUUUCUUUUUUGUAUUAUCUUCUAAUUGUUACACUUCUAGAAGAGAGAAAAGAGAAUAUCAGAAAGAAACUGACCGAACAGUCAGCAUUCAGCAAGUCAGUGUAUGUUUCAUGUUUGAACGAACGAGUGCUUUAUAUUUUAUUAUGAUUUUCAUGUACGGUACGUGUGUUAUCUCUAGCAAUCAUAAAGUCUAAAUCUGAUAAAUAUGAAGUUAUUUAGAAAAAAGACACGUAUGAUAAGAUCAAGUGAUUAAUAUUUGAACAUUAAAAUCAAGAGACAUUUCAAUUUGUUUUGGAAAAAAAAAAAGUGAUCAGAAUGCAAGAAUUGGAAAGACAUGAAAGAAGAAAGAUGAUCUUGUAUUACUGUUAUUAGAAAGAAUAAAAUAUAUUUUGAUAUUCUUAUUAUAUUGAGGAGGGAAAAGAAAGUCAUAAAUUUUGAAAAGAUGACUGAAGAAACAGAAUCAAAUCAUUCAGUAUGCCGAGAGAAGCCAACACAUUGUCUCAAGAUUCCACUCAAAUCAACGGAGCAGAUUUAUUUAACUUUUUUAAUUCCAACAUUGUUGAGUUGCAUUCUUUAUGUGUUGAAUUUUUCCGCUGAUUUAGUGGUGGCUAUACAACAUUUUCGCGAAGACAAUCCAAUUUGGGGAUGUUGUACACUUGCAAUUAUAUAUUUACCUGCACUCGUUUAUUUUAUAUUGACGGUAUCAAGACCCGACUGGUGGAUGACCGAUGAUGAUAAAGUAACGAAAGGUGCUCUUUCAUGGUUUGCACUUCAACUGUGCCAUUUAAUUGCUUUCCCACUCUUCGCACUAUAUAGAUAUGCCGGACUAAUAGUUUUAAUCGUCGAUGCCAUCAUGCUUUCUGGAAUUGAAAGAAAAAAAACUUUAAAUUUGGCAGCUGCACCAGCUGCCAUGGAACUGUAUUUUUUUCUUCAAGCCUGGUUCCAAGCUGCACCGCAAGCAGUUCUUCAAACACAUUUACUCUUCAGAGAAAGAACAGUUGAAAGAUCUCAGCAAUCUGCUCUUACAUUUACAGAGGCAGUUCAGAUUCUUUGUAUCAUCGUCUCCAUUGGAAUAAUGGCUAUGAAAACAAUGUCAUUCCAGAGGUACGAGAGUCAACGUGUAAACGGCAGAAAAUUACCUUGGGCAUUGUGGUUGAAAAAAUAUAGAAUACAAGAAUUAAAUAGUUUUGAGGAAAAAGCUCCAUUACAUGCAGCAUCGCCUUCUUUAACCAAAGAAUCAAAUCCUUCUCUCGCUGACAAUUCACAGCAAUCAAACGAUGAGAAUUCAAAUAGUAGACGUUCAGAAUCGCGUGUCGUGUUGGAACGACAGAUUUCAACGACCCCACCGCUUCCGCCAAAAAACGCUCCCUUAAUUCCACCUCCAACACCAUUACGAAGAAUUACAUCGUUCACGCCAAUUCCAGUGCCCGAUAUGCCAGCACCACCAAGACCAGAUUCAAUUAUUAAUAAUGAAUCGUCAAUGACAACAAGAUCACCACAAGAAUUAAAUGAAAAACCAUCCGAGCGACUUUCAACAUUAAUUAUACCAAAACGAAUACAAUCGACCAAAGGACUUGAUGAGGAUGAUGCUAUUGGAAAAUUUGUCUCCUUUCUCUGGUGGUUUCUCUUUAUAUUGCCACGCGUCAUUUCUAUAGCAAUAUUUUUCGAAUCAUUUCCAUUCUAUUUAUUGGGCAUUUUGACUGUUCACUAUGCAUUAAUGCUUACUUAUUUAUUUUAUUAUGCAAAAUAUCAAGAUGCCACGACUAUUUUCGUUAAUUUGUGGCUGGGAUUAGUUUAUAUUUUCAGUAUGAUUGAAUAUAGAAUUAAAUUUAAAUACGCUGACAAAUGGAUAGCUUCGUAUUGCACAUUUGUCAUGUUACAAAAUAUUGCCUUGACAAUUAUUUGGUUCUAUUAUGGUGAAUGGACAGGAUUUUGGUAUACGUACGCGUUUGGUAUAACAUUUAUUAGUAUGGGUCUUUGUAUUUCGUCGUCGGCCAUUUAUUACACGUUAUUUAAACCCGGAAAACGAAGAGUGUACGCUAGUUAAAUUAACAAAAAAAAAAAAAAAAAAAAGAGGAAGAAAAAUGUACAUCGAACAAAAAUAUAUUCUAAAAUUUAGAAUAUAUACUUGGCACCUUUUUUUAAUGUUUCAAUACCAUUUAUAUUCUUAAAAUAUUGAAAAAAAAUGGUUACAUGGUUGUCAAGUAUAUAUUUUUAAUUUCAGAAUAUUUUUUUCCGUGUAUAUUUUAUGAGUCAUGAAUAUUUUCAAAAAAUUCAUAGUCAAAUUUCUAUUUAAUCAAAAUUUAUGUCGAAUUUGUAUUUAACGAACAUUUCUAUUUUCAUUGAAUUUUUAUUUAGUGAAAAUUUCUAUUUAGCAAAAUAGACAUUUUUCUCUUUAUAAUAGAAUAAGGAAAAAUCGGAAUAGAAACAUUCGUUUAAAAAGAAUUCAAUCUAAUGAAAAUUCUACCUUAUUAAAAAAAAAACGGAUAAACAGAAAUUCGUCUUUAUAAAUUUUGAGUCACUGAAAAUUUUAUAUAAUGAAUUCUUGAAUAUUCAUGCGCUUCGUGGUUUGUGUGUAAUUUUUUAUACUGUCCGCGUAAGGACACUAAUCGACUGAAUGGAAUAAGUGUUUAUUAUGUAUUUAACUCGCAAUAUUGAGGCUGAAUUAACGAUGCAAAACAGCCAAAAAAAAUCAAAGGUUAAAAUUUUGUUUUUCUUUAUAAAUAUCUAUAUAAAUAUUUAAAUCAAAUCUAUUGGUGAAAAUAACAAAUUAGAAAGAAAAAAGCAAAAAAAAAAAAAAUUAACGAAAUUGUUCGUUGUGAAAUAAAAUAUAUUUUUUUUUAAUUUAAAAAAUUGUAAUUUAAAAUUUAAUUAAAAUUGAAAUAAGCAAAAUAUUGUUAAUUUGAAAAAGAAAACUCAUAAAUUUCGAUCAUGUGAAAUUGAAAAUAAAUCCUAAAUUUUUUAUUUAGGAAUUUCAACAAGUCUGAAUAAUAAUUAAUAUAAGUUUUCUGUCA